AUGGACGACCUGUCGUCCGUCGGGGGAGCGCUGGUCGGCGCCGGUGUCUGUGUGCUGCUCCUCUUUGGAGCGAUUGUGGUCUGCGCGAGCUAUUGCCAGCGACUGGACAGCGACGACGGGGCAAUCGACUCGUUGGACCUGCGCAGUCUGCAGCUGCGCGAGGACCUCGUGGACACUGUGCUGGACGCAGGCCACAGCGAGUGGCAGUGCCUCGUGUGCGCGCACAUGAACCACCCGAACCACGAGCUGUGUCUGCUCUGCGGCACGUCGGCCGAGCUCUCGACGAUGGAGGAGACGGUGGAAGACCCGCACACGCGCACGAGGACGCGGCGCUGGGCCCGGAGCACGUUCCUGGGCACGGACAGCAGCCGCCGGCUGCUGAGCUCGACGCUGCUGGAGGACGUGGGGACCGGUACAGACGUCCACGUUGUGGCCCGAGGCGACGCAGUAGGUCCGACGACGACAAGGGCUGCGUCACGUGCGCUGCAGAAAGCCAAGACGAUGCCGCUGGCGCGCAGCGAGUUGUCGUCGUCGUCGUCGUAUGAUGACGUGAUCCAGGAGCUGGAAGCGAUCAUCGGCAUGCGACAACGCGCGUUGCGGUACAGGCGGCUGAACGAGAUGCAGCUGAACCAGAAGCAGCGAGGCGCGAGUCGAAGGAGACUGUGGCAGCGCGUGCGAGUGCCGAACGGCGGCUUUGUGUGGGUCCGGACAGUAGAGCCUGCAUGUCUCCGACCAGGCUCGACGAAUGCAGACUCGUUUGUACAGAAGCUACGGAAUAGCUCGUUCUUGUUCAAGAACCCACUGGCCAAACACUUGCGCGAGGAUUUGGCCGAACAGCUGCGUCGAAAGAAUGCAGCGUCGAUGGGCUUUUUCACGGAGCUCAAUGCGUCGGGUACUGCAGUAGCGUAUCGAAAGACAGACGCGAUUGCGCUGGACAUCGAUACGAAGGGCGAUAGCAGGGAGCCGUUGGUGGAUUUUGAAGGUGCACUGGCAAUGACGUGGAGAGAGAAGAAGCGGUGGUUCCUCAAGCAGAUAACAACUCUUUCCGUGCAGUAUACUAAAUCCAUGCACAAAAUCGACGUACGACGCUGUGCGAUCUUGGACGACGCCGUCCCGCAGUUGGCUGGAGAUGGAGUCGACAUGUCGAGGAUGCAGGAGCACUUGAAUAUUGGUUUUAUCGGAGAGCCAGCUUUGGAUGCUGGCGGCGUGCUGCGCGAGUGGUUUGGACUUGUGUGCCAAGAGCUUUUUAGUGCCGAACGAGGCCUCUUUGUCACGACGCAUGCAGAAGACUGUAGUUACUGGAUCAACCCAGAGUCGGCCAAGUGUGUGCCGGAAGGGCAAGACCAUUUGUUGUACUUCAAGUUCGCUGGUCGACUUCUUGGCAAGGCUAUUUUAGAUGGUCUUGUUCUUGAAGUGAGUAUGUCACUGCCGUUGCUAAAGCACCUUCUAGGCGUUCCCAUCACUUUUUCUGACCUGGAGUUUCUGGACGAAGAGCUGUAUAAGCACUUGAGCUGGGUGCGCGACAACAAUCAUGUGGAUGCGCUGUGUAUCACGUUCAGCAUUCAGACGCCUUUAGGCGAGACUGUGGAGCUGAAACCUGGUGGAAGUAACAUUGAUGUGACCGACGAAAACAAGAUGGACUAUUUAUCGCUGGUACUGCGAUACCGCAUGUUGGACAGCGUAGCUGGGCAGCUCACAGCACUGCUCAAGGGGCUGUACGAGGUCAUUCCGAAGUCUCUGCUUACUAUCUUCGACUACCAGGAGCUAGACUUCUACCUCAGUGGGUUGCCCACGCUAAACGUGACUGAUUGGCAAAAGAACUCGCGCGUUCGACAUGCGGCCGAAGACAGUGAUUCAGAUGGAAUCGGGCGAGAGGUGGAGGUCAUCCAGUGGUUUUGGGAUGUAUUGGCAUCGUUCACCGACGAUCAGCGCGCCCGUCUUUUGCAGUUCACUACAGGCUGCUCGCGCGUACCUGUAGAAGGCUUCAGAGCGCUCACGAGCGCAAGUGGCAUCGUCCAUCCAUUCACACUGCAGAUGGUUCCUCUAGGGACGCCGCCGCUUGGAAUGUGCCCACGCGCACACACCUGUUUCAACCGCAUCGACUUGCCGGUGUAUGAGAGUAAAGAGGAUCUCCGAUCAUAUCUGUCGCUCGUGAUACAAAUGGAGAUCACGGGCUUUGGUUUUGAGUAA